AUGGGAAGAUUUAUACCAGCAUUAUCAUGCAGAUUUUCAUCCGUAUUUGGAAUGGAUAUUUCAUUACGGUCGUUAAAACCCUUCACCAUGCAAAUUCCAUCAGUCAGAAAUCUUCAUGUCAAAAAAUUACUUGCUGAUAAGUUUUCAAACAGAUUCCGGGUUGAUCGUGUGAUGUAUUUUGGCCCCGAGUUAGCUUGCUUAGAAUGGUUAAUGGAAUGUGGCUCUACUGAGGUUAUAAUGAGUGAUGGGACAUCAAUCUCUUGCAGAGCAGAUAUGCGUCGUUAUAUCAGUGAUUUUGGUUUCAAUUUUAGAAGCAUUCCGAUUCCUGCGAUUUCCUUUAAAUGGAGUCCGGUAUUGCCAACAGUUAGUAUGAAAAAACUUGAUGCGAUUUAUGAAAUGCGAUGGGCUAAGAAGCCGAACAUAUAUGUUGUUAAGGUCGACGCGACUGAUGCAGCUAUUGGUGAUGCAGGCUUUCAGUAUUUCAAAGAGUGCCGAAAAAUAGAAAUUUUGAAAUUGAAUUUUUGUGACUUCUUCACUGACAAAGCAAUUGAAUAUCUUGUUUCGGGACGACCUUCACGAACAUUGCGGAACAUCGAGAUUGUUGCAAAUCCUUACAUCAGUGAUAAUUUCAUCAAGGAGAUUAAACGAAUACGCGGAUUGCAGCGGGCACAUUUUUACUUUCUGCCAAGCGUAGCAAAACGAACAAAUGCAGUACAAAGUUUGAAGCUCUCCCUGCCAUUUUGUAGAGUUAGUUUUCCGGAACUAAAAGAAGUCGGUUAUGGAUAUGGUUGUACUGUCGAAGACAAAAAUGUAAGGUAA